AUGGGUGGUGUCACCGUUCGCGAUGUCGACGCGCAGAAGUUCAUCGCUGCUUACUCUGCUUUCCUGAAGCGUCAGGGAAAGCUCCCCAUUCCUGGAUGGGUUGACACUGUCAAGACCUCCGCCUCCAACGAGCUCCCUCCCCAGGAUGCCGACUGGUACUACAUCCGCGCCGCCGCCGUCGCUCGCCACAUCUACAUGCGCAAGACCGUCGGUGUUGGCCGUCUCCGCAAGGUCCACGGUUCCACCAAGAACCGCGGCUCCCGCCCCGCCCACCACGUCGAUGCCUCCGGCUCCGUCGACCGUAAGGUCAUGCAGUCCCUCGAGAAGAUCGGUGUCCUCGAGCACGAUGAGGAGAAGGGUGGCCGUCGCAUCACCCAGAGCGGCCAGCGUGAUCUUGACCGUAUCGCCAAGACCACCGUUGACGAGGAGGAGGACGAGGAGUAA